GUGUUAGAGGUUGUUUAUUUAUACAUAAAUAAUUUAUUAUUAAUUGUUAAAAUAUAAUUUUUACAAAAAUUACAUAAAUCAAAUUAAAUUAAGAGUAACUAAGAAUUUAUGAAGUUGAUUAUAGCUUUAGUAUUAUUAGGUCUUGUCUUCUGCAAUCCUUCUUAUCCUGAAUGGCCUCAAAAGUUCGAGUAAGAUUUUACUGAAGAGUUCAUCUAUGGUUUUUUGAAAUCAUCAACAAAGGGAACUUAUAGUUAUGAUUACGCUAAUAGAGCCUAUAAGGUCUCUAGAGAGAAUGGAAGAACUGAUAGAUAUUGUGGUUUUAAUGGUCUCUAUUUCUUCAGAAACACCGCAUGUGAAUAAAUUGUUGUUAACGGAGAUAGAUUCUUGUAUUAUCCUGAGAGAAAUGACUGUUGUUACUGCUGUUCAAACGAACACGGAUGCGGUGUCCUUAAACCUACUUGGUUACAAAAUGCCAUAUUUGAAGGUGAAACAACAUUCAACGGUAUUCCUGCUUACAAAUGGAACUAAAAGGGUCUCUAGAAUAACUUUUAUUAUGAAACUAUUGCUGAAAACCCUCUUGAUAGAGUUAUGUUAUAAAUCGAUUAACAACCUAACGAUAUUUAGAACUUCUCCCAAGCAAGAAGAACUGAAUUUUAACCUAUCACCUUACCUUCUAUCUGUAAGAAAGAAAAUACUUGUUCUCUCUUAUCAACAUGCACUGGAGUUAGAAAGAUGUGA